AUGAUCAAGACUUUUGCAGCAAUUUUAUUUUUGGCUUCUUUCGUUUCUUCACAAAUUUUCUUGAGUAAUGAUGUAAUGUUUGAUUAUCCAGAGGAACCAUCUUAUGUUCCAGUAUUCCAAAAUUAUCCUGAUAUCCUUCCAGACUAUCGUGUGAUGCCAUAUUCUCCACAAACCUAUUCUUACUCCCAACAGAUGUGGAAUGGAUGCGGAUGUGCAACUGCUAAAACAUACGGGGACUAUGUUAAAGCGAAGCCAAAAUCUAGAGCUCUUCAAGUUUAUUCUUAUUAUCAGUUGAUGUAG